CUGGACUCACUCAUGCACUCUGUGUGUAUUUUGACACAGUCGUGCGUUCCUCAGCAGCAAGAAACACGGCAUGAAAUGAGUUUUUCAAUGAAUUAAAGCGUAGAGGGGAGAUAAGGGUUGGAGAUUGUAUAAUCAAGUGUGCACAGACUCCUUUCUCUCCGCCCCCUCCUUCACUUUCAGCACCACAAGGAAUGUUAAAUAACCGGGAUCAUGUGGAUGAAUCUCAGCUGUGUUUUUACACACUCAUGUGUUGCGCACUUAUUUUCUUAUGUUACGGCGCACAAGAAAGGUAUUUUCUCUGUAAAUUUAGAUAUUGAAAAUACUUAUUUUCUAUUAUUGGAAAUAGAGAUUGUAGCUGAUUCUGAGAGAUUUUACAUAAUUUUGGAUUGAUUCUCAAUUUUUCCCCUUUUGAUUAUUGUACUUUUUUAUAUUACAGAGUAAAACCUACGGACAGAAUUCAUCUUUAAUUAUAGAUCUUGACCGUGGGUUAAGUAGAAAGUAGUGAUUUUGUAGGACAGAUGAAAACAUUGCUUAUCUUAAACAGCAACAACAAACUUCAUUCGAUAUACUCUUACUAUGCUAUUUGGUUUUAAAUGGUUGAAUGGUUUCAGGGCACAUAAGAAGAAAUCGCAGUUAUUAUAACCUCUUUUUGUGGCGUCAGUUAAGUAGAUUAAAAUGUAUUAUGUGACCUGGCAAGUGUUAUAAUGAGGUUGGAGGUAUUUCCUAAACCAUUGCGCCCCGUGGAAGGUGGUGUCUUAUGUAAGUGAUCAGGAUGCCUUUUGCUAGCGGAUUGGCUAAAAGGCCGGGUCCUUUUUAAAACAACAAUCUCCUUUAACCACAUGCUCACCUGACCAGGCCUGCCAUGACUCAUUGAAUCAUGAGGUUAGAGGGAAAUCUGGCCUCUCUGGGAGAUGUUUCAGAGAGUGGUAGGUGUGGCUCUAGGAUGGAGUACGUCAGAGGAACACACACACACACACGGUGUCACACACCCCCAUGUUUCCUGACUGGUUCCUUAUCUUGGCACAGCUCCUGAUUACAGAGCAUGACUACUUAAGUUCUGUUUCUGGCCUUGUUCUGAAUGGAAAUGGGUUUUGUAUCAUCAAGACGUUUAACGGUCAGAAUAUGAAUUAGUUUCAAUGUGUUGCACGUUUCAGCGCCGUGUUUCCAUGAGCGGGCUGUGUUGUUGAGUUUGAGGGGAAGAGGUUGUCUUUGUUCUCAGUCACAGAAUCAGGGUGGAGUGCUGUUUCCUCCCUGUGUUUCCAGGCUGCCCCCCCCCCCCUCCAGAACCCCUGUACUUUUUCUCUCUUUGUAGCUCUUUUGUACCCUUUACUCCCACUCUCACAGUCACACACAGCUGGAGUGCCACCACACACCAGACCUCUCCUCACUAGAGCUGAAACUACGACAUGUCGGGAGAGUUUCCCUCUGUAUCUGUGAAGAAUCCUUCUGAGUGGAUCCACAGCUCUCUUGAAUGCGAUAACCGAAUUGGAUGUACCGUACUUUUUCUCCUGUGUCGGUGGAUUGACACAUUUUAUAAUCGGGCAUCCCCGGCUAAUGAGCAAAGUCAGUCGUCUCUUUCAAAUAGAUGCCUGCUGCAUGGGCUGAGUCCACUGCGAUCGUCAUCUCUGCAGUGCUGUGGAGUGUGCGGGCCUGGCACAGGCAGCUCUUACCCUGCUUCACUGGCUUCAGCUUGAGCCACUGUGUCAGAGGCUCCUCUGACGGAGCAGUCCGCUGUGUGAGAACCUCAGUUCUGGAUCGCAAGCUGCCUUGAGCAAUGCUUAAUCUGGAUGUUAUGGCAGCUGGUCUGAAUCCUCCGAUUUCUACCUUGCCAAGAUAAGCUGGAUUUCCACGGUGCGGACAUGUCCCUUGAACCCGGAGCCUCUUUGCUGUAGUUUCAAACAGCUCUCUACAACUUGUCUUUCAGGCCUUUUUUUAUUGGGAUACAGGACAGUCCAUUUGAAGGCUUCCUGCUUCCCAAUGGCAUGCUGUUUCAAGUCCCGCCACCAUGGAAGCUGGACGCUUAACAACCCUCUUCCAGAUGAUGAAGCUGAGCAGCACCACAGCACUAUGGUGGGAGAGGGGUUCAGCACGGGGGACAGCACCCCUCCCCCAAAGCGCAAGGGCAAGUUCUCCACCCUCGGCAAGAUCUUCAAGCCGUGGAAGUGGCGGAAGAAGAAAAGCAGCGACAGGUUCAAGGAAACUUCAGAAGAACUGGAAAGAAAGAUGUCGACGCGGCGGACGCGGCAGGAGCUUAUAGAACAGGGGGUGCUGAAGGAGGUCCCGGACAACGUUUCAGAUGCAGAUACACACAACAAGCAGCUCUACGUGAAGAACGGCCACACUCUGCCUGUGAGCACUGGGGUCGGAGGUGGUGGAGGAGGUGGAGGAGUCGUCAGUGGCGGCAGGAGUCCGUGCAAUCAGGGCAAACUCCCUUCAGAGUCGGACUUUAGGAUGAACCCGGCCUGGCUCGCCCAGCCGGACGACCGCAGGGGUUGGUCUCCCUCUGACGGAGACUGCCGAGGAGUUCUGGGCUCCAGGGGCACGGGACUGUACGAGGACGUGCGGAGAAGCGCAGGGGUGGGGCCACGCGCACACGUAGAGGGCGAGUGGAAGCCUAAUAUGGUCUGGCAGGGCCAGAGCCACGGCCAGGCGGAAGAGUGCCGACGUGGGGGGCGACUUCACCCCGAGGACGGGCAGAAGAGGCCCGGGCUGCAGAAGGCCCCGUCGGAGGAUGGCAGGAGGAGUCGACCUGCAGAAGCGGACUGGAAGCCCACACUCCCUCGGCAUGCAUCCGCUGAGGAGGGAAGGGCCCGCAGAGAGUCAGACAGCCAUUUUGUCCCUGACCCAGAAGCCUUGCGGGACACCCUGCGUGAACCUCUGCCUCCUAAACAGACCAUCAUGCCUCCAAAGUGGCUGAUGACAUCCACCUCAGAACCUGGCGGCAAGGGUCCACCUCGCACCCCAUCCAACCACCACACAAACCAGUACUGCUCUCCCUCCGGCCCUGCGGCUGUGGCGCCCAAACCCGUUCGGUCCGUCUCCACCGCGGGUGUGUCCACUCAGCAGUCAUCAUCAUGUGUAGCCCCGACCUCCACCUCUCAUGGCACCAAGCAGCCCCCUGUGCCCCCACCCAAGCCUGUGAACAGGGGCAAUUCCUCCAUGCUGGUCUCAGCCCUGCAGGGCGGCGAGAACGCUCCGCUUCCGCUCUACUGGUCCUGCUGGAAGCGAGAGUGUGACUACGAUGUCUACCUGUCUCUUCCCGUCUACCUGUGCCGGCGGGCCGGAGGCCUGCGCUCAGGUGACUUCACCCAAGCCACCGGAGGUGCCAGUCUUGUUCCAGCCAAGCCUUCUCCACCGAUGCCUCCUAAGAGGACCACCCCCGUCACCAAACGCAGCACGGAGGACUCGAGCCACCCCAUCAACCCCUUGACGCUUUCUCUGGACGACCACAGCAACCUCCAUGUGGGCUUUCAGCUGCCUCCCCCUCCUUCCUCCCCUCCCCUGCCGACACACAAACCACCUUCUCCUCCCCGCCAACACAUACACGCCCACCACCUCCACCAUCAGCACUCCUACCCCCACCCACUGCCCCAACCCAUACCAAUGCUGUUUGACCCACCGAGUCCGACCAACGAGUCUCCUCAGCGCCCAGCUCCUGUCCCGCUCCACAUCAUGAUCCAGCGAGCCCUGUCUAGUCCCGGCCCGGCUCAGCCUCAUCCAGACGGGUCACAGCGUGCACACGCACUGCUUUUCGAAACUCCUCCGGACUACCAAGGCGGUCGCCCACUUCCUGUCAGCAUCCAACCAUUAAAACUAUCUGAAGAUGAUUACUCGGAGGAGGAAGAGGAAGAGGAGGAAGAGGACGAGGAAGAGGAGUACGAUGGGGAGAUCCCUCAGCCAGAGCUGGAGCCACGGAGUCGCAGAUGCUUGGUUGGAGACGCCGGUGUUUGUGUCAUCCCGGGGGGGAACAGCAGUGAGGAGGAGGAGGAGGAGGAAGAAGAAGAGGAAGAGGACGAAGGAGGAGAGCAUCACAUGCGUGGGGAGGAUAGCGACUCAGACGGUCCUGUGCUUUAUAAAGAUGAAGACUCCGAUGAGGAGGAUGAGCCGCCACUUAGUGCCCUGGCCAGCAGGGUGAAGAGGAAGGACACCUUAGCCCUGAAGCUGAGCAGCCGUCCCUGUGCCCCAGACAGGGACAGGUUUAUCCAUGAGAGGAGCAGAGACAACCAGCCUCCAGGACAGACCGGCCUCACCUGGCAGAGCAGGGAGCAGUGGGAGGCCAUCCGCACACAGAUCGGCACUGCACUCACAAGGCGACUUAGCCAGAGACCCACUGCUGAGGAGCUCGAGCAAAGAAACAUCCUUCAGCCCAGAAAUCAGGUGGACAGACAAGCUGAGGUUAGAGAGAUCAAGCGGCGGCUGACCAGGAAGCUGAGUCAAAGACCCACAGUUGCAGAACUACAGGCAAGAACAAUCCUGCGGUUCCACGAGUACGUGGAAGUCACCGAUGCGCAUAACUACGAUCGGAGAGCAGAAAAGCCGUGGACCAAGCUGACUCCUGCUGACAAGGCGGCCAUCCGGAAGGAGCUCAACGAUUAUAAGAGCACUGAAAUGGAGGUCCACGAAGAGAGCAGAAUCUACACCAGGUUUCAUCGGCCUUAGACCACCCUCUCCUUCACGGAUAAUGAAGCACUUAAGAUCCCUGUGUGGCCAGAAGCUGCUUCCUAUGCGGAGAGAUCGCAGUUUUAAGUUUCCCGAAUGUACUGUACAGAUUAUCAGAGAACGCCUGGAACUGACAAUGCUUCUUGCUUGCCCUCCAUCGCCGUCCCACUACAUUGCUUUCACUAAACUGAGGUGGUGGUGGGUGAGGACCAGAUGCAGUAUUUCUCCCGGACAACAGGGGGAACCACGAGCCAAUGAAGUGGAGAAGUGGCAGAGAACCCCACAGGGCCGACUCUCACUCUGCUGUUAUGUGGUACCCCUCAGGGACUUGGAUCUAGUGACAACCUUUAAUGCGGCCUCAUUCUGUGUUGCCUUUUUUUCUUCUUUACUGUAUAUGGAAAGGCUAAUUCAUCUUGUUAAUGUAAUAACAUACAAUAAUAGUAAUAAUAUGAUGACUUCUAAUGCUCCACACAGUAAUAAUAGAUAACAGACAAACGGCCGCAGCUAGAGCGGGCUGGAGGAUGAAGACUGGGAUAUUCUGUUAUGGGACUGGACAUCUCUGGGAUAUUGCGUGUUUUAUAUAAAUUGUGUACAGAUUGCUAUUGUUAUACCUUAGAAUGAAACUUGGAAAGAUCUAAUUACAAAAUAUUCUGUAAUGCACAAGAUAUUUUAUAUUGUAAUUUUGAUCACGAGUAGUGACAGCUUUUAUUUGAACCUUUUUUUUUUUUUUUUUUUUUUUUUUUUUUU